AUGGCAUCUCAACAGAGUGGAGAAGCUUACGAGCAGGAGAACGUGCAUGAGGUCUACCAGCAGAUUGCUCAGCACUUCUCAGCCACCCGCUACAAGCCGUGGCCGAUAGUUGAGCGGUUUCUCACCGGUCUAUCGCCCGGAGCAGUGGGCCUGGAUGUAGGGUGUGGCAAUGGCAAGAAUCUAAUGGUCAAUCGAGACGUUUUCAUCAUUGCUUCAGAUAGAUCGGCAAACCUGGCGCGGAUUGCGCUGCAGCACCAACCGCAUUCGACGGUGGUGGCCGAUAUUCUGGAACUGCCCCAUCAAGAUGGGCGGUUUGAUUUCGCCAUUUCCAUCGCGGUGGUCCACCAUCUGUCCACCCCGGCCCGGCGCACCCAGGCCGUUGCCGAGAUUCUGCGCACGGUGAAGCCGGCUUCACCGACGCAUGAGGGCGGAAAGGUCCUGGUCUACGCCUGGGCUCUAGAGCAAAAGAACAGCCGUCGCGGCUGGGACAAAGGCGAUGAACAGGACCGCAUGGUUCCUUGGGUCCGCAAGGGGGAGCACCCUCAGACGUUCCAUCGCUACUACCACCUGUAUGAGGAAGGGGAGCUGGAACGCGACAUCGACAAUGCCGGGGGUCGAGUGCUGGAGUCGGGGUACGAGAAAGACAACUGGUGGGCGAUCGCAACACCCAAGACGGGUCAGGCAUGA